CGAGUACCAAAAAGGAAGCGGUCGUUGUAGUCAUAUCUGUCUAGUAAUGUAAAAACAGUUGUACUUGUUGAUGUAACCGGUUAGUUCUACCUCUAGCGUGUAGCCCCUCAAAGAAAGUAGUUGUUCUUUCUAUCUAGUAAUGGUCCUCGGGCAGUAGAACAAGUGGCUAGGGUUACAACAAAUCAAGCACAAAAAUGCCCAGUACCCUUUCGAAGUUUGCGCGGGCUGCGGCAGUGGGGGGAGCCGUCACGACGAUCAGCGGUUUUAGUAAGAAUUAAGGCACCAACAUGUUGAUAUCUGAUUUUUAUUUCUCCUACUACUUGAAGAAAAUAACUAUCUUCGGGAGCUUCCUUGUUGUUGUACGUCAUCUACAUGUUGUAGUUGUGGAUUUAGUACUAGUUGUUGCAAUCAGGGGUUAGACAUCAUCCAUAUUGUAAAUUUUCAUCUUGUUCUUGUAAGUACUACUUCUUGAUCCGAGAGUUCUUCAUCUUGCUUCUUCUAAAAGAAACAGAAAAGGCGUGGUCAAACGGAAAAGGCUGCGGAACAAGCAGAUCCGGACCAACUGAAGCUCCAGCAGGCUGAACUGAACGUUCAAGCGGCAGCUUUGCAGGUCAUGGAGAAAGAAGG